GACGAUGCUCUCAUAAGUUCAACAAUUCCAGGAAGUUUGAGGGGGCCUUCCCUUAGCGGCGCCUCCGCUCUCUAUGAUCUGGACGGAAGAACGUGGGGCUCCAUGUUGACUCGCAGGCGAAAAACGCGGCCUGCCUUCUUUCCCCUCCCAAAGUAAAAUGGAGGCGAGGAGGUCGUCGUAAAGCUCCAGUCCUCCUCCGAAAGAAUUGGGGGAGGGAGAGGGACAGCUUUGAGGAGCUUUACCGCUUCUAAUACUGACUGCCAAAAUGACAUCUACCUCAGCACAAUUUCAACCAACUGAGAAUGCCUGCAGAUCAUCAUUUGAACCAGUCAAACAGGUACGACCAAAAUUGCCACUGCUGAAAGUUCUGCAUGCAGCAGGUGCUAAGGGUGAAACUUUUACAUUAAAAGAGUGUAUGAUCUAUCUUGGAGAGUACAUUGCGCAGAAGCAACUGUAUGACAAAGAACAGCAGCACAUGAUACACUGUGGAAAAGACCAGCUGGGGGAGCUUUUGGGCUGUCAGAGUUUCUCUAUAAAAGAACCAAGCCUUGUUUAUGAUAUGCUGAGAAGGAAUGUGACUCUUACCACUACUACAGUUACUAAAGAAGGCAUUUGGUAAGUGAGGAUUACCUGUAUUGCUGUCCUUGCUCUGUAGAAAUUAGUAUAAUAUUAAAUAUAGUGGAUUGCAUGUUUAUUUAUUUGUGAUUAUUUGAUUGGCUGUUAGAAUACAGGAAGUCCUCGAGUUACGAAUGUAAUGGAGCCUGCCCAUUCCAUUUGUAGGAGUGAAUUGCGUACCUUGAAAGUGAUCACUCCCUGCUUUCGCCCACACAUUUGCUAAUUGAAUGCAAAGGAGUGCACAUGAGGUAUCUCAGGGUGGGGAAGUCCAUGGGGGGCCCCAAUGAUGGAACAGGCCACCUGCUUGAGACCACCCAAGGCCUCCCCCGACCCAUGGAGAUACCUCAUGCUCCCCACAGUUGCUUUCUCCCCCCCAUCCUGCCGCCCUGAGUCACUUACCUUGUAAAGAUCUAGCAAGCUGUCUUCUCUGCAGCCUCUCUGCUGCACAAGAUCAUGGUACCAAAAAGCUUCCAGCCUCCGCGCAAAAUAUUUGCAAGCUGACAGGAGGCUUUGGGCCAGUGAAAUCGCUGCCUCAAACCAUCCGCUCAGCUUGCAAACACUUUGGGCGCCAAGACUGAAAGCUUUUUGGCGCCGUCAUCUCACGUGACUUCAGGCUGCAAGAUCACGGUGUCCAGAAACUUCCAGUCUCUGUGCAAAAUGUUUGUAAGGUGACGGGAGGCUUUGUUUGACUUCAUCUUGCGAGAUGAUGGUGCCCAGAAGCUUCCAAUCUUGGCACCCGAAGUAUUUGCAAGCUGAGCAGAUGCUUUGGGGAGCAAUUUUGCUGACCCAAAGACUUCAGUUAGCUUCUAAACAUUUUGCACGGAGACUGAAAGCUUCUGGGCAUCAUCAUCUUGAAACCUGAAAUCACAUGAGAUGACAGCACCUAGAAGCUUCAGUCUCGGCGUGAAAACCAUUUCCAAGCUAUCUGGACUCUGGGAGUGGCGCAAUUAGUGUGCAAAUGCUUUUUGCACCGGGAGUGAAAUGUUCUGGCGGGGGGGGGGGAGUGAUCUCAUGUGACUUCAGGUACCCAUUUCUGCAAAAGCGGAUGGAUGCCUGAAGUUGGUGAGGUCACAGCCCCCAGAGCCUUUCACUCUCAGCGUGAAAAGCAUUUCCAAGCUGACUCUCUCAAAGGCAAAGAAACCGCAGCAGAGAGGAGACGGAUCUUUGCAAGAUGAGUCUGGCGUGGCAGCAUCAGAAUGGGGAAGCAGUUGUGGAAGAGCGGGGGGGGGGGGAAAUAGGGCGAAUGUUGCAGAGCCUCUGUGGUCAUUCGUAAGGGUGAAUAACUGCCAUGUUGCAACAUUCCUAAUUUCCGGACUUGUUUGUAAACCCUGGGGGGCGUUUAUCAUGUAACUUCGAACAUGUGCUAAGUGAACAUUCAUAACUCAGGGAUUACCUGUAUGUGAUUUAACACAAAUUUAAAAGCUAAAAAUAAAAUAAACUUUAUUUUGACAUCAUAGAAGAUUGACAUACAAAAUUCAAAACUGAACUGCAUAGCAAAAUAAAAUGCAGCAUUAUAUCCAAAGAUGCUUUCCUAAAGCAGUCAGGACAAUUAUGCAUUAACUUUUAAUUAGGAAGCAUAUAUGAGCAAUUA